AUUGUACAAGUUACUUCUAUAUUUGUUCUGAUACAUUCUGUUAUAGUCUUUCAAGGACACUUCUAGGCUUCUUUUGGUAAACUCAGUUGCAUGGCUGUUUGUUUGAGUUCUUGUUCUUUAUCUUCUUCGACUAGCUAUUUAGCACCGUAUAAUUUGUCACAUCAUGAGAACUUAGCAACCAGAGUGUGUUUCUCAUGCGAUUAUGUCGAUCAUGGGAGAACCAAUCAAAGCAGGCGUUUUGCGCUCAAAGCAUCUAUUGUGCAGCCACUGAAUGCCGUUUCUCUGCACGCUGAUACAGUAGUGCAUACUCCGGCUGCAGAACAUGUUGAGAUUCCAGCAAAAGAGGGAUAUAUUCCCUUCUUCGACAGCGACACAGAAGAAUCGACUCUCAGCAUCAUUGUUAUCGGAGCUUCAGGGGACCUUGCCCGGAAGAAAAUCUUCCCUGCACUCUUUGCUCUUUUUUACGAAGACCGCCUACCUGAGAAUUUUACAAUUAUUGGCUAUGCACGGACUAUAAUGACUAGUGAGGAGCUGAGGAAUAUAAUAAGCACAACCUUGACUUGUAGAAUAGACAAGAGGGAAAAUUGUGACGAGAAAAUGGAUCAGUUCUUGAAACGAUGCUUUUACCAUUCCGGUCAAUAUAGCUCAGAGGAACACUUCUUCGAAUUGGACAGAAAGCUGAAAGAGAAAGAGGCUGGAAGACAAUCAAAUAGGCUGUUCUACUUGGCAAUUCCACCAAACAUGUUUGUGGAUGUGGUGAGAUGUACUAGACGCCGAGCUUCUUCAGAAGAUGGAUGGACUCGAGUCAUAGUUGAGAAACCAUUUGGUCGUGACUUGGAGUCAUCCAGAGAGCUGACUAGAGAGCUAAGGCAAUAUCUAUCUGAAGACCAAAUAUUCAGAAUUGAUCAUCAUUUAGGUGAGGAGCUUGUGGAGAAUCUAUUGGUACUUCGUUUCUCAAAUCUGGUAUUUGGGCCUUUAUGGUCCAGGAACUACAUUCGCAAUGUUCAAUUUAUCUUCUCUGAAGAUUCUGGAACAGAGGGAAGAGGCAGAUACUUCGAUAAUUAUGGAAUCAUCCGGGAUAUAAUGCAAAAUCAUCUUCUUCAAAUACUAGCACUAUUUGCCAUGGAAACACCUGUCAGCUUAGAUGCCGAGGACAUUAGAAACGAAAAGGUAAAGGUUCUACGUUCGAUGAAACCAGUUAAGCUUGAAGAUGUAGUUGUAGGUCAAUACAAGGGGUGUUGCGAGGGAGAUACAUCAUAUCCUGGUUAUACUGAUGACCCAUCAGUUUCAGAUGAUAGCCUCACACCAACAUUUACAGCCGCAACUCUCUUUGUUAACAAUGCUAGAUGGGAUGGAGUUCCUUUCCUGAUGAUAGCAGGCAAGGCUCUUCAAUCAAAAAGAGCAGAAAUUAGAGUACAGUUCAAACAUGUCCCAGGUAACUUGUAUAAUAAGAAGUUUGGAACUGAUUUAGGGCAGGCCACGAACGAACUAGUGAUUCGUGUACAACCGGAUGAAGCAAUAUAUCUGAAGAUCAAUAACAAGGUUCCUGGUCUUGGUAUGAGACUGGAUCGCAGUGACCUUAAUUUGCUCUUCAAAGCAAGGUAUCCAAGAGAAAGUCCAGAUGCAUAUGAAAGACUAGUAUUGGAUGCCAUAGAAGGAGAGCGAAGAUCAUUCAUUAGAAGCGACGAACUUGAUGCAGCUUGGGAAAUAUUCACGCCAUUGUUGAAAGAACUGGAGAAAAAGAAGAUUGCCCCAGAACUUUACACAUAUGGUAGUAGUGGCCCCGUUGGAGUGCAUUAUCUUGCUGCUAAGCACAAUGUUCGCUAUGAAGAUUAUUGUUGAUGAUUAUGAUAAAUUAGAAAACUUUAUUUAAAUAAAAGUACGUAUUUAAAUA